UGUAGUUAUAGUUUACUUAAGCCUCUGUCUUUGUUUAGGAGUGAGUCGUCUUUAGUAUUCUCCCACCAUGGAUAACACUUCUAGUUUUGUGAUCCUACUAAAUAGCCAAAACUCUUUCGAUCUUCAUUCACCCGACCCUGAUUUGUUCUCUACCCAAGGAGUAGAUGAGUCUACCGUUAGUCAGAGGAGGAAAUGGACACCAACAGAGGAUAAAAUCCUUAUUGGUGCUUGGCUAAACACCAGUAAGGACGCCAUCGUCAGCAACGAGCAGAAAGCUGGUGCUUUCUGGCAGAGGAUUACCCAGUACUACAACACAAGACCUCUCCUCGUUGGGACAACACCAAGGGAGCUUAUACAGUGCAAGCAGAGGUGGGGAAGGAUCAACGAUCUAGUCUUCAAGUUCGUGGGAUGCUAUGACACGGCAAUGAGAGCACAGAAGAGUGGUCAAAAUGACGACGAUGUGAUGAAAGCUGCACUAAGCAUCUACUACAAUGACCACAAAAUCAAGUUCAGUCUCGAACAUGCUUGGAGAGAGCUGAGACAUGACAUGAAAUGGUGCUCCACCUAUCAGGCUAAGGACACGGGGAAGGAGAAACGCAAGCAAGUGUACUCGGUCGAUGGUGAAGAUGAUGGGGGAGAACCUGAGGCUCGACCAGUUGGGGUGAAGGCUGCUAAAGCAGCUAGCAAGAAGAAGAAAACCGGGAAAGAAGAGGACUUGUCUGUGUUACAGUCCAUGCUCGAAAUAAAAGAAAAAAUUACAAACCGUAAAGUCCUCGAGCGCUUACUAGCCAAAAAGGAGCCACUCUCUAAGAUGGAAACAUCUCUCAAAAACAAGCUUAUGUCAGAGAUGUUAUGAUCUGUUAUAUGUUGCGGUUAAGGUGCAGUACAAGGCCUUAGUUUUCUUGCGGUUGUUUUAUCUAUCACGGGUGCUUUGGAGCUGUGAAGGUGUUUUGUUCUCUAGCAGAUGUAACCCUAGUCACUGGUUCUAGCUUUUUUCACUUUCACAUUUAUAUAAGAUCGGAUUGUAUAAGACUUUAACCUAUCUCCUUAGCUUUCUUUCAUCUUCCUUGUAAGAUUGUACUCUCUACUACUCCAUGUAAACGAUAUCAAUCUAUUUGCUAAGUACUUCCGUUUGCAUCUC